AUGAUUUGACCCUUUCUUACCUCUUACUCUUACUCCUCAUCAUGUCUGCUUUCAAAUCUCACUCCCCACUACCUGCUAACAUCAUCCAAUAGUAUUUCCUUCUCAUCAUUCAUCAUCUCUCUGUGUACUUUUUUGUGCACAUUCUUUAAUUCUACAUCUACUUUAAUUGGUCAGCUACAUUCCAUUUCCAAAAUUGUAGGGGAAGAAACCCAUUGAACAAAGGGGAAAUUUUGCAAAUGGGGUUUCCCUUGAUGAUGAUUUUAGUGGAAGAUUGAUUGUAAUGUUUCAAAGUUUGUGUUUUUGGACCCCUAAGAGAGCACCCAGUUGGGCUUUAGCUCUUUCUGGGUACUCCCAUUGUGCUCAAGAGAUGAGAUUUAUUGAUGGUUCUGAUUUUGGUACAAGGGGUUGAGACGUGCUUGGAGUUCUUCUGAUUUUCAAGUUUCUGCAUUUUUGGUUUGGACCUUGGUGAGGGAAUGGAGGUUGAGAAGAAACGUUCCAAGGGAGGAUUUUUUCACUUGUUUGAUUGGAGUGGUAAAUCUAGGAAGAAGUUGUUCUCUAACCAUGGUGAAUUGUCUGAAGUAUCAAAACAUGGAAAACCAGUCGAAAAUGUAGCAGGACCUUACCCUCGUUUGAUAGACUUGGACGAGAGAAAAGCAAGUUCGAGCUACAAAGAAAGCAGUGAAUUUACCUCUGCUUCAUCAGUGACUAGUGAUGAGGGAUAUGGGACUAGAGCACCUGGGGUAGUUGCUAGGCUUAUGGGUUUGGAUUCAUUACCUACAUCAAAUGUUCCAGAUCUAUGUUCUACCCCAUAUUUGGGAUCCCGCUCUCUGAGAGCAUCUCAUUAUGAGACUAGUCCUAGCUUGUGGAAUGGAUAUAACCCAAUGGAACACUCCAACAUGCACCAUAAGUUUGAUGUGUCUUCUUCAAAUUCCUCUGAAUCAAGGUUCCACAAGGUUCAGAGUCGACCAAUUGAGAGAUUUCAGAAUGAGAGUUUGCCUCCAAAAUCAGUGAAAUCAAUUCCAAUAACACACCACAAGCUUUUGUCUCCUAUCAAGAGUCCAGGGUUCAUAAUGAGAAAUGCAGAUUAUAUAAUGGAGGCUGCUGUAAAGAUAAUUGAGGCAAGUCCCCAGGCAACUAGCAAGAAUAGAGUAUCAUCACUGAGGUCUUCUCCAGUUCCUUUAAAAGUUCGAGAUUUGAAAGAGAAAAUGGAAAGUAGAGAUAAAACAUCCAGAUCUCAGAGACCUGGUGAGCCCAGUUCAUCUAAGACUAUAAAAGGCCAACAGGGCAGAUCAGAUUAUUCACCAAUGUCUAGGGCGUUGAGGACAUCUAGGGAUUUUGAAAAGGGUAUUUCUCCCAGUUUGGGGAAGGAGAGAAAAUCGGUUUCACUUGCAGUGCAAGCAAAAGUGAAUGUUCAGAAGAGAGAGGGAUCAGACUCAAGUGGUUUUAUGGGUUCUUUGAACCAGAAGGAAAAGAAUGAUAUCAAAGCAAAACACUUUUCUAAGAGCCAGACAAUCAUGCAAAUGACUUUGGAGAAAGAAGCUUCUGCAAACAGGCCUAACAAUGUGCUGAGGCGGAAUAACCAGAAGCAGAAUUUUGCAGCUAAUCAAGAUUCUUCAUUUUCAAAGGCUGCAGUUUCCAACCAGCAAGGCAGAAAAGCGAAGGCCAUAAAUGGCACUGGUACCACUGGGUUGAAUAAAACUGGAAAUAAGGUCACUGUAAACUCUGAAACUAGGACAACAGUCUUGGUGGCAACUGAUACUAAAAAGGAGCUUCCCCUAUCUAGAAGAAGGAAUUUACCUAGAAAGAAACAACCUUUAAAUGGAAAUCUUCAUUCUGAAGGAAUAAUUUCUGGUAGUUCAUCGAUCAGUAAAGAUAACAGGUCAAUGAAAUGUAACAUUACAAUUGACAGGCACAUCAAUUGGGGCGCAGAGAAUAUGAAAACAGGCAUGGAUGUCAUUUCAUUUACAUUUUCAUCUCCCAUCAAAGGAUCCAUGUCUAGUCCGUACUCCUCUGGUCAAGAUACAGAAAAGAAUAGCAGCUUUGUUACUGAUUCCUCUGGUGACAGCGAUCAGACAUGCCUUGGAAGUUCAGCAUUUGGUUCAGCUCGACUUAAUAUAAUUGAUAGCGAUGAUCUAAGUGUCCUUUUGGAACAAAAACUCCAGGAACUUGCAUGCAGAAUUGAGUCAUCCAACUGUAAUGUGAUAACAGAGAAUACUUCUGUUGGUCCUGCAUCAAGUUUGCAAGAUUCAGUGGCCACAUCGUCAGUGGAACUUGACAAAAGGCUUCAACUCAAUCUAGAUAAAGAUAUAUUACAUAUCCCAGGUGAUUCUGAUUGCUCAUCAAAUGACAACUCAGGGCUUGAUGAGAAAAAGAAGUGGCAGUUUGAAACAGUGAAGGAGCAUGAUGAUAGCAGCGACCACAAUGAGACCAUGACAGAAUUUGAUCUGCUCCAUUCCAGCCCAGUUUCUCUUCUUGAAUCCUGUGCUGCAAGCAGAAGUUGCUCACAUAACCAAAAUGGGAUCAAAAGAUCUUUGUUGGCUCUGGAUCAAGCAACCUCAAGCUGGAUCUCUUCAGUUGAGUCCCAACUAGAUGGUGGAACAGAGUUAUCUGACACAGCAUCUUCUAUAUCAUUGGGGUACAUUGAUGAGAAGCAUAUCACCCAAGCAUUCGAUUUUAUUGAUCAUACGGAACCAACCAAUUGGGAGCGCAAUUACAUUGAACUGAUGCUUAGAAAUUCUGAUCUAAUGUUCAUAGAAUUUGCAAUAGGCGAUACCAAUGAAGUUAUAGUCCUGGAUGCCUUCAAUCAGCUGGAGAGGGAGAAUGCAAAAGAGAGAAAUGGAGAAGAUUACUCCAAGCCAUACCGUAAACUACUGUUUGAUUGUGUGAGUGAAUGCCUAGUCUUAAGAUGUCAGCAACUUUUUGUUGGAACAUGCAAAGGAUGGACUAGAUGUACAACGCUGUCCCGCAGAAGGGAAGUAUUGGCAGAAGAAUUAUGCAAGGAAAUUUCAGGUUUGAAAAGUAUGGGAGAUGUGAUGGUGGAUGAGCUUGUCGACAAAGACAUGAGCUCUCAGCAAGGAAGAUGGCUUGACUUUGAUACAGAAGCAUUUGAAGAAGGUGUUGAGAUUGAGAAGGUCAUAUUAACUUCUUUACUUGAAGAAUUGGUUUCUGAUUUCUUGCUCUUCUAGAACUCUCAUAUUCAUGUUCAUGUGCUGGAUCUUUUAUUUUGUUUUUCUAUUUGUUAGAAAUGAAUAUAUAAAAAUGGAUUGGUGCUUUGUAGUUUGGACUAUACUACACUGCAAAACACAAACUAUUAAAUUGGGGAAGCCCACCCUUGCCUUUAGGGUGCCCUGCCUGCCCAUAUGAUAAUUCAUGUUGUACACCCUCAUACAAUUUGAACUAUACAAUAUAAAGAUGCCUUUUUUCU